UCGUUCCCCAGCAACACCAAAAUAAAAACGAGACAUCCGCUGCCUUCUUUCUGUUUUCACACCGUGUGGGAAUAUUCGACCACUCAGUGAAACGGAUUUCUCAUUUUUCUUCUGAGUGACAACGUGGUAGUUUCUGUUGGCGGAACGGUUUAUAUUCUAGCACACGGAACCAGAAAAGUUGGAGGCGGAAAUUAAACCUGUAAACAAACGUAUAGCUUUAGUUAGAAGCGGUUACAGUAUGUGCACAUUGAUUGUCUGCUGAGCCCAAAGAAGAUGUUUAAAAACACAUUCCAGAGCGGUUUUUUGUCUAUUUUAUAUAGUAUCGGCAGCAAACCUCUUCAGAUAUGGGACAAAAAGGUGAGGAACGGUCACAUAAAGAGAGUCACGGACAAUGACAUACAUUCGAAUGUGCUGGAGAUUGAGGGAACAAAUGUCAGCACCACCUACAUAACAUGCCCUGCAGACCCCAAGAAGACCCUGGGGAUCAAACUUCCCUUUUUGGUCAUGAUCAUUAAGAACCUCAAGAAGUAUUUCACCUUUGAGGUCCAGGUUCUGGACGAUAAAAACGUUCGCCGGCGGUUUCGAGCGAGUAACUAUCAGAGCACGACGAGGGUGAAGCCCUUCAUCUGCACCAUGCCCAUGAGGCUCGAUGACGGCUGGAACCAGAUUCAGUUCAACCUGUCCGACUUCACCAGGAGGGCUUAUGGAACCAAUUACACAGAGACGCUACGUGUACAGAUUCAUGCUAACUGUCGGAUAAGGAGGGUGUAUUUCUCCGACAGACUGUACUCUGAGGAUGAGCUUCCAGCUGAGUUUAAACUCUACCUGCCUGUCCAGAAUCAGAAGGCCAAGCAGUAGAGCUUCUUGCGGUGUGCAGCCCCCCCGAUGUGACUUGGAGUUUUAGUUGUGACAACAUUAUGCAGAUUCAGUGAGACAUUUAGUUUUGACUUUUUCGUGAGUCUCUGCACAUUCAAGUCUGGUCUGAUGUUUCCUUGCACUGCUGUAAAAAGAUAAUUGAAUAAAUAAUAAAAGUCCACCAUGUCCAUUAUUCUGGGGUUUUUCCAGUUUGCCACCAUCCUGUGCAUUCUAAACAAUAUUUAUGAAUGUUGACCACCUUAUGCCCUCAUCUAUAUUUCCUUCUGACACAAUGCAGAAUCCCUUUAUUUUUUCUUUCUUGUACUAGAGGUAUGAAUAUCAGCAGAAAGACUUAGUUUCAAUGAAUCGUUGUUGCUAUUAAAGCUAUAACACUUGACAAGAACAAAAUAUGAUCUUUACCUCUGGUCCUUUAAACAAAUAAGAUCCUGACACUUGCUUGUAUCUGAUUUUAAUUCUGUUAUUUUACAUGGCAGUAGUUUUAUAUUUGCUAAAAGGUUUCUCAGAUUUGGCUCUCUAUUAUAGAAAUGUUUAGAUGCUGUGAUGAUUGUGACAUUUAUUUUGAUUAGGCUAACUACUUCUAGCCCAAUUCCAUAACCACACCUGUUCAUUUACAAUAUUAAUAAUUACAAUAUUAGAUUUUGUAUUAAAUGCCUACCGGUGGUUUCUUCACAAAAUAAAUAUCUAUAAAAACAGAAUGUGUGCUUAGAUAAAAGCCUUUAUGUGAACAUUAUCAAGCGCUAGUCUGUUUGUUUUAGGCAGGCUUUUUCUGCUUGAUCUGCUUCAUUUUGCUUCUUCUGUGUUUUAUUCAGGUGUAUUUAUUACCUAUGCUGUUUAUUACCAGGUUGUAAUAAAGUGUUUUGGGAAAAAAAA